CACACGCUGUCGCGAUAAUCAUCUUGUCGUCAUGCCUGCUUGCUGGGAGACUAGAUGCCUUUCCAUUCUCUCACUCUCUCGCGAUUGGGCCAAGGCCUGUCUGUCUCUUUCUGCUAUCAUCAUACACGCGUCAUGGCACUGAGUCGUGCUUAUGAUGUUCCUUGAUAUCCCCUCCGCGAUAUUUCGGCUUCAAAAUUCUCCAGCGACCCCUAACCCUCCAUGGAACGCCAGAUCUCCCUCUAUUCUCUCCGACUCGCCUGCCUUUAUCCCAUUUCUGCUCGAACUAGCUAUCAUCUUCGUCAAUCCUAUCACCGAGCUCUCUCCUACGUUAGUCCCGUCAACAUGAGAAUUGCCAUCACGGGUGCUCGAGGCACGGUCGGGCGCGAGGUCGUCAAGACGGCUUCGAAGGCCGGUCACUCCACCGUUCAGGUCGACCGCACCGACACCGAGUACGAUGGCACCCCCAACUCGGAGAUGAAAACCGCUGAUACGGCCAACGACUACGCAGCUACACUCAAGGCCUUCCAGGGCUGCGACGCCGUCAUCCACCUGGCCGCGAUUCCCGACCCAGUGGACAAAGGCGAUGAUCUUGUGCAUAACAAUAAUGUCAAUUCGGCAUUCAAUGGAUUUCGCGCUGCCACUGAGCUAGGAAUCAAACGCAUCUGCUACGCCUCGUCGGUCAAUGCGAUCGGCCUCGAAUACGCCAACCGACCCCUACAGUUUGACUACUUCCCCGUCGAUGAGGAGAUUCCAUCCCGUCCGACAGACGCCUAUGCGCUGGCUAAGGAAGAAGCGGAGUUGCAGGCUAGGGCUUUCGCCCGAUGGUAUCCUGGGACGAACAUCGCCUGCAUGCGGAUUCACGCUGUCUCGUCUCGAGCGGAGGCGCAACAGGGACAUAAGGAGAACUGGGACACCUCGGCGGUGAAGAGUCUGUGGGGCUGGGUUAGUCCCACGGCGACCGCGAGAGCGUGUCUGUUGUCCGUGGAAAAGAGUGAUAUCCUGAAGGGCUGCGAAGUCUUCAAUAUCGUGGCGCCGACAACGACGCAGGAUACCCCGUCUCAAGAGCUGGCGAAGCAGUAUUAUCCCGACACGGAAAUUCGGGGUGGCUUUUCAGGAAACCAGUCUUUCUUCACCACCGAUAAAGCGAAGAGAAUAUUGGGAUGGGUACACGAAGAGGAGGAGUGACUCAAUUACGGUGAAUUGAUAUGUUCGCGUCUGUAGAAUGUUCUGUCUAGUUCUCAAAUAAGAACGACUUCUUUAUUGUCCAUAAACACGGUAUGUCGCUCUGGUAUACAGUGGGGCAAACUGACAGGUCAGGAGAUUGUCGCAAUCACAAUCCCCGAUUAGCUCAAUGUCAUUCACGCUGACCAUUUUGAGCGAUUCUGCCACAAUCUCUCUUCGUCUUCAGGGUUGCAGGUCUGCGGAACAUGAACCAUCCCUCCCC